GAGCACGAGUUGACAGCGACGAGUAUUUAGUAAUCGAACUCAUUUAACAGCGAUCGCAAGUCUAACUCACAUCCAACAAUUGUUGCCCACUAGUCUAACAAAAGUCUUAAUAAUUUAUAAUAAUGUCCCGUAUUUAUUUAAUAAUUAUCAGUGUUUACUUACUUGCCCAUAGUUUGGACGCAGGCAUCACCGAGGAACUGGUGCGCCUUGCAAAAGGUCCGAUCCAAGAAGCCUUCGAGAGCGGGGCCGCUAAUGAGUUCAAAAAAGAAGACUGUAUUUGGAGACGCGGUUACGAUACUGAUGAUUGUCCUGAUCCAGAUGUACAUAUAUAUUUAUACACACCAGGUAAAUCUAGAAGAGAACUCGUGGUUGGUUCCUCAGACUGGCUGAGGUAUGACUAUGAUCCUACGAAAGAAAAUAUCAUUUUGAUUCACGGAUAUGCCGGUGGUGACGAGACUCUUCCUAUCUCAGUAUUACGAGACGCGUAUAUGAAGAACGGAAGCUACAACGUCUUCUUGGUGGACUGGGGAAAAUUAUGCGCGGCCCCGUGCUAUCCUGCAGCGGUAGCGAAUCUUCGUCCAGUGGCGCGAUGUCUCGCGUUGUCGCUGACGAGUCUCCGGCACCUGGGGAUGCCGAUUGCAAGAACUACUUGCGUGGGGCACUCGCUGGGAGCUCAUCUCUGUGGAAUAAUGGCCAAUUAUUUGCUGUUCAGGAUGCAUAGGAUCGUGGGACUGGACCCUGCUCGUCCCCUCGUGAGACCAGGACUCGGGAACCGGCUGGACAGCGGUGACGCUGAUUUCGUCGAGGUGAUUCACACCAAUGCUGGUUAUUACGGUGAAAUUGGACGAGUUGGUCAUGUUGAUGUGUGUGUUAAUGGUGGAAAAGUCCAGCCUUUUUGCGAAGACAAGCAGAAUCAUCAGCUGUGCAGUCAUGUGUGGGUCGUCUGCUACAUGGCGCAGAGUAUUGACGGCGACAAGCCGCUGAUUGCUGAACCUUGCUCCCGAAGAUGUCCCUCGGGUCCGAGGAUCAGUGUCCGCGCUGGACAAGAUUUGCUUGUGGGUCAGCACACGCCGAUUGGUUCCAAAGGGUCGUUUUGUUUGACCAGCUACGACCCUCCCUAUUGUCCAAAGUUUUCUGCUGAUGGUCGCGGUGAUGCACGCUGCUGCAUGUGAAAGGCUACAAGUUAUUAAACAAUUUAACUAUUAUCUGUAAUUUAUAUUUAUAUUUAUGUAUACAUUUGACGGACAUAUAUGUCUACGUUAUAUAUUUAUAUACUAAGUAUUUGUCAGUAAGAUCACGCGUCGCGACCGGAAGCCUUUUUGGUAUUCAAAGUUCGUUAUUGCCAAUAUAUUUCAAUGAACGAGAGAAAGAGGGGGGGGGUUAUGAUAAAUAAAUAUGUAAACAUAUUUUGAAUGCAGUAAUAACGGAUUUGAACCGUUAGUUGUGCUACAACUUGAUACACAAUACGUAACAUUUUAAAUUUAAAUAUAAAUCGAUCGUUCACUUGCUCCGUCUGUUUUUGUUAUUUUCUUGUGAUAAUUUUCGGGUGUGUUAAUUUGAAUUUCUCUAUGAUCUGCUUGGAAAUAAAUUACUGAGAGAAAUUUAUUUUGCUUAUUAUUUUUUUUUUGUCAAUUGGGGAGAGAAAUUUUUUAAUGAAAUUUAUGGUGAAGCUUCCAGGCUCUGGUGCGCUCUAGUGUGAGAGGAAUCAAAUUUUUGUUGGCGGCGUUUAAUUUGAAAUUGUGUUAUUUUUGGUAUAUUUAUUUAUACUAUAUUAAUAUAUUGGUAUAUUAAUUACAUUAAAAUAAGUAAGACAGGCGAGGAAAAUUUUUUAAUUUCAAAUUCAUCUUUUUGUUAACUUAAAAUUGACAUAACUUUUAAACUAUCAACUGUAGAGUGUUUUUGCUUAGCAUAAAUUUAUUCAGUACUAAAUUCCCUGAUAACACGAGUUGAUCGUGAAAAAGUUGGUCAUUCAUUAGUUUCCGACCAACUUGACGACAAGUUAUCGACAACUUCAGCUUUUGCAACUUUUGGCUACAAGUUACCGCCAACUUUCUCAGAAAGUUGGCACCAGUAUGGAGCCGCAACUGGAAUGCAAGUUUCUGAGACAAUUGAAAGGAAACUUACCGUCAACUUAUGAUUGCCAACUUUUGCAAGCAACUUUUGCCACCAAUUUUCUCAGAAAGUGACCGUCAACUUUUUGGAUUUACAACUUUUGCCACCAACUUUCUCAGAAAAUGUCUAUCAACUUUUGGAGGUACCAAAUGUUGGCGGCCAACUUGGUGUCCAGUUGCGGCUGGAAGUUUCUCGUCAGUUUCUCACCAACUUGGCUAUCAGGGAUUCUCUACAAAAUUGACCUGAUUAAAAAUUUUGAUUAAAUUCAUAUUUCAAAAGUUA